AUGCCCGAAUCCCGCUCCAAACACCCUCUAGUCUGGAUCGACUGCGAAAUGACCGGCCUCGACACUUCAAAAGACACCAUAAUGUCCCUCUGCUGUUUCGUGACCGACGCCCAACUAAACCUCCUCGAUGCCAAUGGCUACGACGCAAUCAUCCACCACUCUCAAGAUCAACUAGACGCAAUGGGCGAAUGGUGCACAAACCAACACGCCAAAACCGGAUUGACAGCUGCCUGUCUGGCGUCAACCACAACAGCAGAACAAGCUGCUGAUGAAUUGUUGAAGUACGUGCAACAGUAUUGUCCAGACCGUAAAAAGGCGCUGUUGGCUGGCAAUACUGUACAUGCCGAUCGAGCAUUCUUGGUGCUGCAACCAUAUACACCGGUGAUCAAAUGGCUACACCACCGUAUCCUCGACGUUUCGGCGAUAAAGGAAGCAGCGAAAAGAUGGGCGCCCUUGUCUGUGCUCAAACACUCGCCCCCAAAGGCUGGCAAACACGAGGCUAGAGCGGAUAUCCUCGAGAGUAUCGAGGAAGCGAGGUAUUACCAGAAGGUGUUUUUCCAAAAUGGUGCCGAGCCAGAGGAAAAGACUAAAAAGGACAUGGCAGAGGUGGACGGUGAUGCCCAGGGCGCAAUACUUGGUGACAAGGAGGUCAAGCCCAAGGAGAUUGUUCAAGAAGUCGGCGCGCAAGAAGCCCAGACAACGGUGCAGAGCCUUGAGGCAGAAGGGUUUGGUGCUACCUCUGGCAAGCAAGAUCUUGACAGAAAUGGUGGCACUCGCGACUUGGCUUCGUAG